AUGGCAAAAGAUAAAAGCAGUCCUCACCAAGAUGCCAAGAGGACAAGGAAACGAAAUGCCGAAGAUGCCUUACUAGAUGAUUCCACUCCCAGUAAAACUGAUGUUUCCGAUCAAGGUGACUCAGAUGGCGCUGGGAGAAAUGCCAAUUACAAUGCUAAAACAAAUGAGAAUGGAAAUACCAACGGUCAUAUUUAUAAUGGUAAUACUGGGGUAAGCAACGGUGAAUCUAAACCAAUGUCACGAACUAAAGAUACAAAAAUAUCAGAUAUUACUAGUUCGCAGGGUGGUAGUAGCAAUAACAAGCCAUCAGCUGAUAGGAAUAAUGAAGAACAGUCCGAUUCGAAUGGCGAGGAACCAACGACGACACAAGGCUUCGUAGAUCAAGGGUCGCCAUUACCUCGGAAACGGCGAAAGAAACCAUCUCAAAAAUUACUUCUGCAAAAGGAAGUCGAUCAGACAUUGGACGAAAUUGAGAGUGGCGAAAAUCACAGCAAUCAAAAUAAUAAUAACCGCCGCCCCCCAAAACGCAAGGCUUCAGUCGACAAUGGUGGUACUCGGUUCAAAAAGGCUCGACUCAAAAAGUUUGAUCCAGUGGAAGAGAAGGCCGUUCUCGAACGAGCGUUACAAAAGGGCCUUCCAGAAGGGUGGAAAGUUGCAUACCACAAAGACUGGAAGCGAAAAGUAUGGAUUAGUCCAGAUGAUUCGCGAAUCUGCGAUACCAUCCCAAGAGCAAUUUCAAUUGCACAAAAGAUGAUAUUGGAAGCAGAACCCGAGGAUGCUGAGCGUGAAGCUAUCGAUUACGACGGCAAUGAUGAAGAGGAUGGAAGCGACGAGGGAGAGUCAGGUACCAGAGUCCCUGGUUCUUUUGUAACGCUGAAGAAAGGCCCUAGUCCUUCUGGGACUGACCCUGCAUCAGUUCUAAUUGCAACAUCAGAAGAAUUGCAUGAAAUGAGCGUAGAGCAAGAACGGGCAGCUCUGAAGCGAGGGCGAGAGAAGGGAUUGAAGAAAGAUGGUUGGAGGUGCGUUUGGAACUCUAGAUUCAGGAGAAAGAACUGGGUCAGCCCUCAAGGAAAAAUCUUUGGCAACCUUUCUCGUGCUGUCGAGAAGCAGGACCAUUGGAUGAUCAAGGAGGAGAAGCGAAAGCUAAAACAAAACCGAAAGAUGCAAGAAAUGGAGCGGGAGUGGCAGAAACAAUUCAAGCGCCUCAAAAAAUACAAAAGAAGGCAUGGGGGUACCGUCGUUCCUGAUAACUCCGAAAACUACUCAGAACUGCGGUCUUGGUCUCGCCGACAGCGCCGAGAGUACUUGCGAGCUCAAAAGGGCGAGAGAACCAGGAUUACAACCGAGCAGAUUGCAGCACUCAAUCAGAUUGGGUUUCAGUGGGAGGUCGAGAAGGUACCGAAGGUAUCAAAGAAAGGAUCAAAGAAGAAGGACGCUGUCGCUGUCAUUGCCCCUGCAGAGAAAGCGUCAUCUUGUCCGCCACUACUAGAUGGCAGUAUUUUUGACAAUGCUCCCGAGGAAAUGUUUACGCGUCGGCAUGUCUUGUUCUCGGAUAUGCAACCACCCCCGAUGUCCCCUGCGCGAGUCCCCAUUCAAUUUGUCAAUCCAGUCAAGAAAUUACCGAACGGUAAUCUAGGGACGGAGUCGUACUGCCGUGAAGUGCAGCAGCACUUGAAGACUUGGUACGGGAUCUGA